AUGGCUCCUCGCUCAGCUCCCAAGACGGCCUCCAUGGACAUUCCCAAGUCGCGGGAUGCUCCUCGCCGCCAUGGCAUGCUGCCUACGCCUCCCUCGUCCAUCUCUCCUUGCCUCAACCCCCAGGGCUUCAAGCAGCGUGUCACCCAGGAGGCCCUCCACCAGUAUAACCUCCGGUCGCCGCCGGCCUCCUCUUCCCUCGUUCCGCAUGACACCCGGCACGAGAUAGACGCAGUCGACUCAGACAUCGACCUCCAAGACACUGAGGACAGGCGUGUUCCUUCAUCAGCCGCAGCCGCAGCCGCAGCCGCAGCCGCAUCCACUUCAAAGGGCAAGGCUGAUGUUUCGGGAGACAUCACCCCUGCCAUGUUGGCCAAACACUACCUGCCCGACAUCCUGCUCGCACACGGCCCGCUCGCCAUCAGACACAUCAUGGGGUACUUGACGACCUCUGUGCCUGGGUUCGCCAUGAUACCGCCUGCCAAGGCUAGGAGACUUGUCGUGGCUGGCCUAGAGGGCAAGGCGUCGCUCUCAGCCAACGCUGACUUCAUGGAUGACGGCGAGGUCGAGUUCGAAAAAGUCGGAUGGGGUCGCUGGGACGCCUACCGUCGUGGCCAGCAGAAGCGGGAAGGAGGCAAUCAUCACACUGCCACUGAGCGUGCUGGCCACGUCAACCACCAUCAUCUUCCCUUGCCUCACUACUACGCCCCCGUGGACUCGCCCAUCUUCUCCCACUCAGAUUUCAGUCAGAACCAAGACAUCGACGAGGUGGACAAGAUGUCCCUUGACGACGACGGUGCCAGCCAGCCACGCAUGUAUUGCUCUUCCUCCGCUUCCGAGGAGCCGGACAUCAUGGACGGCGACUGGGAUGAGGCUGACAUGACCGACGAAGAGGACUGGGCGAACAUCGGUGCCGACGCACUCAGAGCGCAGUCCCUCGGCCAGGAGCCUUCCAUGCCGUCGUCUGUCUACGCUCGAGGAUGUGGCUAUGGAUACGGAGGAGGACCGUCUUCCUCUGCUCUGGCCAAGGCUGCUCCCAUCGCCAUGCCCGGUGGCAAUGUCGAGGAACGUGCCGCUGUCGAAGCACUUCUGCAGCUUGGGUCGAUGUAG